UCUUACACUAACUGGACUUCACCACACAAGCAGAAACAUCCUUAUACUCAAAAUCAAUUUCAAGAACUCAAGAGCAAAAGCAAAAUGUACCUCAGAGCCAUUGCCCUAACCGCCCUCGUCGCGCUCACCGCAGCAGGGGAAACAGUCCCAACUGUCAUACUGCAAAUGCGAAACGGGCUCUCGGUCCUUAGCGGCUUACCAGGGAAUUGUAUCACCUAUUCGGUGGAUCAACCUGUGGAAACAGUCCAGAUUAACACGCCUUGUCGGUUUUAUGACGAGAUGGACUGCGCCGGGAAUGGAACGGAUUAUUCGCCUGAGACUGAGAUUCCUGUGGGGGCUGUGGGGGAGGUUGGGAGUGUGCAGUGCGGUGAGGAGGAGGAGGAGGAGAUGGUCUAG